AUGACGACUCUACCCCCUGAAAUCGAGCUCAUGGUCCUGGACGCCGCCCUCACCGACUGGCUUGAACAACCUUCUCUCCGCGCCGUUUGUACCACAUGGAGAAGUUACAUAGAUAACUCUCCUGCUGCAUUCGCUGCUAGGUAUGAGCCCUUAGUCGUGCUAGGAAGCUUAGAUCACCCAUACAAAGUCCGCCAAUUCCACCAUGUUCUCAGUUACCGCAAGCGCUUGUUUCAAUCCAAGGCUGCCCCAUACAAACUCCUGCCUUGCACUACCCAGGAGGACGGGAAUGGGAAGGUAGUCAAGAAGCUUCCCGAAAUCAAUAUUUCUAUAUAUUUUGACGAUCCAUUGAUAAAACCUGCUGAUUGCCGGGCCUAUCCUCGAGUCGUUACCCCUAUCUGCGGCGCAGAUUUUUCAUUUACACAUGUCUCUGGCCACAGUAAGGUCGAAUCGAAUUGGAACCCUGGAGAUGGUACUGUUGGAUCUUUUCUCGAACGCUUUAAGAUACACGUGGACUCUAUCUUGGAUGUUGAUGAGUUGGAAGGAAGGUAUGAGGAGACAAUAUUCUAUCAAGUGCUUUUUAGUCUUGAUGAGACGUUGUAUAAUAAAGAUGGAUAUGGGUUGGCGAUGAUUAUUCGGCCUUUGACAAUUCUACGGUCACCUGAAGAACCUGCAAUUGCAUCAAAGCCGGAAGAGUCAGGGGUCGGCGCUCAACCCUAA